GCGCUCCUCUGGCUUUAUAACGCCGGGCUGUCCGCUCGGUCCGGCUCACAGCAGACCGGUUUCUGAUGCUCAGUCCGACAUGAAGGCAGUCAGCCCGGCGCGAUCGGUCCGGACUAACCUGUGCGGUCCAACGGAACACGUGCUGGGUGUGUCCCGGAGUAAAAGCCCGCCGGACGAGCCGCCGGUGCUGCUGCUCAACAUGAAUGACUGUUACAGCCUGCUGAGGCAGCUGGUGCCCAGCCUGGCCGCCGACAGCACCGUCAGCAGGACGGAGAUCCUGCAGCAUGUGAUAGACUACAUCCUGGACCUGCAGAGCACGCUGGAGUCCAGCUCCACCUGCCGAGGAGUCCAGCAGCACUGCCGGAGACCUCCGACCUCCAUCACCCCCAACAUCGGCGUCCUCACCCGCCAGGUAGGAACCGGGGGCUGCUGCCGGAGACACGACACGCCGGAGUUCAGGCGAGCAGUUCGUCCUGCAGACAGACGGAGCCGGAGGAGAAGGGGCUGCUGCGUGGACCGGGAGUGUGAAGCCGGAGCUCUGCAGGCAUCUUGUCAGGUCCGUGUGUUUGAAACCGUCCUUCGGAGGGAAGCUGGGUGUCCGACCGGGACCCCGUGGAGACACGGAGCAGGCUCCUCUGCAGACGCCUUGGCCUGCUGCACACCGGGAGACACCGGGACACGUGGAUGCUGCACCACACGUCUCCUGUGAACCGUUCCCCCCUCUCAGACUUUACUCUGCAACUGUACUGUGUCGCCGUCUCUGCCCAGCAAAAACACGUGGGAAAUUGCACUUUUAUACGAAUAAUAAAUAACAUUCUCUAAAGUACGAUG